GGCUCCGUGCACCCGCGCGCCGCGCACCCUUGGACUUGGCCUCGAGGGGUGGGACCGUAGAAGGGUCCAGCCGGGCUUUAUACAUCCCGGAGGCUUUGUUUUGUACCUUCUGAAGGAAAGUCGUGGGCUUGGGGUCGUUGUGGGCGAGGUGAAGGGCGUGUGUCUGGCUUGCCGAUGCCCUUCGGGGCUGCGGUGAGUGGCCCCUAUGAACUUGAAUAAAAAUUCGGGUCAAUAAUGCCUGCUGUGCAGUGCGGCGCAAGGGUUUUAAGGACAGUUUUGUGUAAGAGGCGGUUACUGUUAGCCGGCGUUAGUAAGAGUGUGUUGGUCUUCGCUGCUGCGUAGCCCAUUUCUGUCGAGGGGAGAUGCUAUGUAAUACGGCUUGUGAAGGGAAUGAACGUUAUGUACAGGGCAUCGUUUGGUGGACUUGGGAGCGCUAUACCAACCCUGGUUGUUUAUUGUUAUUAGAGCCUCUGGAUGGAUUCUUCCUCGGAAGCUUUGCUAAUUUGCAGCAGCUGGGCAAUGCUCCUCAUUACCAUCUGUCUGUCCGCAUAGUUCAGCGUCAUUUCAUUGUGGUGGCAGGGACUCCGCUCCGAAUUCUGUAUAGAAAAAGCUCCUGGAUUCCAUUCUUUCAAUGGCUUCGAGACAACCAGAAGUGCCUGACAGAGGAAGGAGCGGCCAGUGUCUCUUCCCUUGCUGUGACUCCAUCAACAGCCACUGACAGUUCAGACAAGGCCCCUGUGGUGAAGGCCAAAGCUACCCAUGUCAUCAUGAAUUCCCUGAUCACAAAACAGACCCAGGAAAGCAUCCAGCGUUUUGAGCAACAAGCAGGACUGAGAGAUGCUGGCUACACACCCCACAAGGGCCUCACCACUGAGGAGACCAAGUACCUCCGAGUGGCAGAAGCACUCCAUAAACUAAAGCUGCAGAGUGGAGAGACAGCAAAGGACGAGAAGCAGCCUGCAUCGGCCCAGUCCACCCCGAGCAGCACCCCUCACUCCUCCCCUAAGCAGAAAUCCAGAGGCUGGUUCCCCCCUGGCUCUUCCACAGCUUUACCUGGCCCAAAUCCUCAAACCAUGGAUCCUGGGAGUGGAAAUGACAAGAACUCAGUAGACAAGUGGAGCCUCUUUGGACCACGGCCCCUGCAGAGGUCUGACUCUGCAGGUUUUGCCAUCCAGGCUUACAAAGGUGCCCCCAAACCCUCUCCUAUGGAGCUAAUGCGUGCCCAAGCCACACGAGUAGGUGAAGAUCCAGCAACCUUCAAGCCGCCUAAGAUGGAUAUCCCAGUGGUAGAAGGGAAGAAACAACCACCUCGGAUCCAUAAUCUCAAACCCCGUGACCUGAAUGUGCUCACACCCACUGGCUUCUAGAAUGUUUUCUGUCCCCUGGGCUCUGACAUAGGAGUUACGUAGUUAACUGGAGGCCUGAGUGACAUUGUGCAGAUUGUCCUUGUGUGCAACCAUUUUGUACUGCUUUCAGGUUGGUGGAAUAUGUCAGUGGUGCUGAGUGACCUCACCUUUUUUUAAUCAUUUAUCCUAGGGAAGGACUUUGACCCUUGCUCUUCUAGGUAAAUAGUGCUGGUGUGCUUCCAAAACUAAGGCCUCUGGAUUCCUUUUCCUUGAUCAACGUGAGCAGUUACAAAUCAUGAUAGAGGUGCCCACCAACUCAUCAGGACAGCCAUGGCUUCCUGACAUGCUUUAGCUUUGUGAGUGGGCCUGGACUUGUCUGAGAGACUACACUUGGCAGGACCACAGGUUUUUUGUCUUGAUUAGUCCGGUGUACACUUUGUCCUCCUGGGCCUGCUUAUUUGCUCUGUCACAGAACAAACACUAAUCUCACAUGGCCUCUUUUGCACUUUAACAUGAAAUUAAUUGAACUGAGUCUACUAGUUUCAUACUGAUGAUUCCCCCUCCACCCCACUGGGGAUUGAACCUAGGGUCUUGCUCUACCAAGUUAGUUUCGCCCUAGUUCCUGGAUCUUAAGCUUUUUUUAGUUGUGUGUGUUUUGUUUUAUGAGACAGGGUCUCACUACGUAGGCUUGGCUAGGCUAGAACUCACUCAUUAGAUUCAAAGAGAAGAUCUACUGCCCCUGCCUCCCUGUGCUGGGAUUAAAGGCAUUCACCACCAUACCCAGCUAAAGCUUUACAAUUGGAUUAUAGUCUUCAGGUUCACCUGAAUUUGGUGUCACCUUAUUCUAGUAACUUUGAGACCAUUUUCCACCAAGUUAGCCUCAUCUGUUCGGUAACACAUCUUACUGAGGAGAGGAAGCAAGAAAACUGCUUUUCUCUCUUCUCAUUAUCCACAGGUCUGCUGGUCUUGCACACUGUCACAGCUGCUUGCUAGAUCAUUUUAGAUAGUAGGCUGUUUACAUAAUAACCUUCUCACAGAGAAGCUCUGGAGUCUCAGAUUGUUGUAAAAAUUAAUUUAUUUGUGUUAUCUUGUAUUGACAAUAAAAAUCUUUACUACUUUCUCAAA